AAGACACGGCGCCGGCUAAGGCAGAGUCGCAGAGUUACGGCAAGAGGCGCUAUGGGACUUAGCUGUUGCUGAUGUUCGCAAAUACCCCUCGGGAACUGCAGCGAGAAACGCGUUGAAUAGUCGAAGCAACACACACGAACGUUCUGUCCCGGAGGAAAACCGCCAUGGAAAAUUCACCGUCUAGCAACCGCUAUCGAGGCCAGAUGAUUCAUGAUAUCGUGUGAUGGGCACAGACCAAGAGGUAGGCUGCUGGGAUUUGAUACUUUUUCUUUCUGCUAUUGGAUGCGCCUGCCACAUUCCUACUUUAUGAAGGAAGAUACAGAAGAUGCCGAAUUAGAGAGGAUCAUGAAAGACUUUCACCAGCAUGAGAAAAUUCUCCCCGAUGGGAAUGUGGAAGGGACUAAUAGUCCAACCUUGUUGCGACCUCCAGUGUCGGGCAAGGCUGGCCAUGAGCCAGUGUUAGACAGCGAACAAAGAUAUCGGGGGCAGUUGAACUCGCAGAUGCCAGUGGCCCCACCCAGCCCUUCCCGUCCAAAGAGCCCCUGGGCCCGGUUUGACCCAUAUGACUCUGCUGAGGACCAGGACAAGGAAUAUGUGGGAUUUGCCACUCUGCCCAACCAGGUGCAUCGCAAGUCUGUCAAGAAAGGAUUUGACUUCACACUUAUGGUGGCAGGAGAAUCUGGCCUGGGAAAAUCGACACUGGUUAACAGUCUUUUUCUGACUGACUUAUACAAAGACAGGAAACUACUGAAUGCUGAAGAGAGAAUCACACAGACUGUUGAAAUCACUAAGCACACCGUGGAUAUUGAGGAGAAAGGGGUCAAGCUUAAACUGACCAUCGUAGACACACCUGGCUUUGGAGAUGCAGUGAAUAACACAGAGUGUUGGAAGUCAGUUGCGGACUACAUCGACCAGCAGUUUGAACAGUACUUCAGGGAUGAAAGUGGUCUAAACCGCAAAAACAUUCAAGACAACCGAGUACACUGCUGCCUUUAUUUCAUCUCUCCUUUUGGCCAUGGGCUUCGGCCCCUUGAUGUUGAAUUUAUGAGGGCUCUUCAUGAAAAGGUUAAUAUUGUACCAAUUCUGGCAAAAGCAGACACUCUGACGCCUUCUGAAGUGAAGAAAAAAAAAAUGAAGAUCAGAGAGGAGAUAGAACAGUACAGUAUUAAAAUUUAUCAGUUUCCUGACUGUGACUCAGAUGAAGACGAUGAGUUCAAGCAGCAAGACCAGGAGCUUAAGGAAAGCAUUCCAUUUGCUGUGAUUGGCAGUAACACUGUGGUAGAAGCAAAAGGAAAGAGAGUGCGAGGCCGUCUCUACCCAUGGGGCAUUGUAGAAGUUGAGAACAGCGCACACUGUGAUUUUGUUAAGCUCAGGAACAUGCUGGUGCGCACUCACAUGCAAGACUUGAAGGAUGUAACUCGAGAGACACACUAUGAGAACUACCGUGCCCAGUGCAUUCAAAGCAUGACCAGGAUGGUGGUCAAAGAGAGGAAUCGCAAUAAAUUAACACGCGAAAGUGGAACUGAUUUUCCAAUUCCUGUGGCCCCUGGUGUAACAGACAAUGAGACGGAGAAGCUGAUCCGACAGAAGGAUGAAGAGUUGAGACGAAUGCAGGAAAUGCUUCAGAAAAUCCAGGAGCAGAUGCAUGGCCAAAAGGAGUAUUAAACCUCACCAGUAAUUCAAGGGAUUUGAUCUACCUUUUUCAUCCCUGCAUUGAACGGUCAUGAAGUAUAAAGGAAGGACUGCAGAGAGAGAAUAAUUUUUUCUAAUGAAAAAAGGCACCUCUCUACUCUCAUAUUAUCUCCCAUGGCAUACCAUGAGCUACAAAGAGUUGUGGCAGAUUUAAGCAGAAAACUCAGGUUUUAAGCAAGAAAGUGGUACCUCACGAGUCUUCUUGUUGAUACUGCCAGCCCAAGCGUUCUUAGGUGGACUGCUUAAAAACAGCUGCAGUGUAACAGUUCAGCAGUACAUGGUGUGUUCAGCAUCAUCCAGGCUUCCCAGUUACUGAUUUGUUCCUUCUAGGUGCUUAAAAACUAAGAACAUUUUGCUGACGAUCAACCAUUUAAGUGCACUGCAGUUACAAGCCACCUCUAAUUGGUUGUAAUGCUCAUAUCUGUUUACAUUAAAAAGAAUCGAUCAUAUAUGCUUCAGUAAUGUAUCAAUUGUCAAUAGAAACAAAAAAAUGACCUUCUGCUAAUGUCUUAUGUAUAUAGCAGGUGUAUACAGAUUUAAAAAGAGUACAGAAAGUACCAUUCCGUUGGCACUCAUUUGUCAAUAUUGAUGUUCACCAAGUUCCAGUUUGGCUGUGGAUUUCAAAAAUACAUGUUGAAACAGAGCCAACACUACAUUCAUUCUAUACACUGUGCAGAGCCGAUUUUCCCUUGUGCACCUGGCAUCAUAACCACAUAACCAUGGCAAUGAAAACAGGGACAAGACUGUUAUCUUAAAAUGCAUGUUUUAUAGAUAUUGAUUAGUCUUUCCAUUAAAAGAGUAACUAGCAAUCAUAUGCAUUUCUGUUAAUGACACCAAAAUUUGAAACACACUUAAAACACCUAUCCAGCAGCAAUGCAACCACAAAAUAAAUCAAUGUAGAUAAAUUUACUAAAACAAAUCCAGUGUGCUCAGCUAAUGCACAGUUUUGCCAGUAGAUGGCACUCCCACACUUCUGAGAAAUACACUGUGAGCCAAAUUAAAUACUUUGUCUGUACAGCCAAUAAGAAUCACAAAAGAAUUCACAAGUAUAACCCCUGCUGUUCUCAACCUGUUGAGUUUGUCAGCCAGGCUAUUUUUAGCACUGCAGCACAGAAUGCUGCAGGGAUGCCUCCUACCACCAAUGGUCAGUAUCUAUAUCUUAUUCUGCCAUUACCACUGAUCGUUUUAAAAGUACGGUCUUCCUUGUAAAGGAAACAAGUCAGGACACAGUAAAAUUGCUAAAAUGUACUGUGUAUCACCUUAAGAGAAAUCACAAAGCUUCAACAUCAGGGGGAGCAAAUGAAGAUUAAUUUGCCCUGUAAUGAAUCGCCAUUUACCCUGUGUCUUCUUGCUCUGCAAGGAUGCAAGUUUUAUUGCCGUAAAACAAGACUAUUUCAUAUUUACAUCUAUUGUGAUCACAUCUGCUUAUUUGUUUCUGGGGAUCACAUCUCUACGGAGGGUUUAGCAAACUUAUAAUCAUUUUAUUUUAUUAAAAGACUUAUUUGUCAUACAAAAAUGCAUUUAUGAAUACUUUCAUGUAACAGAUAACUUUAUAUAUAUUCAUAUAGAAAUGUUAACUAUUUCUACUUGCAAACUAUUGCAUAAAAUAAAGAGGUUAAAAAAAAAAAA